AUGACUUCCUCACCAGAUGCAGCAUUGAAGCUGGAAAUUGCUCGGUUGUCAGGUGUGAUUAACCGGCAUAAGACGGCUCAGCAAUCUAGUCAUUCUCGCAGCAACACCUAUGUCAAUCCCAACUAUAAACCUCCGUCGAAUUCCCGACCAUCUAUUAAUGCUCAAGCCAACAGUUUUCAGCCUUCAAGCUCCAGCUCUAGUGCCUCUUCAGUCCCAGUACCUCCAUCUAACUCUGCAGCUCGUGAUGUUGUGAUUGGAGGUAUAACUUUCCAAUCAUCUGGACGCUCUCUCGUCCGUAAAGACUUAGCUAAACCUAACUCCUCUACCUCUGAGAAACCCUUCCGACACACGCAGCACCGGACAGACUAUUCACGUACUACCACUGGCCACAUGAUACCUAACGGACGACCCUACAAAUCACAUAUUACCUCUCGUGGUCGGCGAGGUCGCCCUGGUCGCCCGACCGCGCGCAACAUGACCUUGGACAAUACUGGCAAAGCAUACCCAAACCGUCGGCCUGCGAAACAGCGCAAGUAUAUUGACAAGCCUUGCCCUCGCUUCACGACUACAGGCGCUUGCAGUCGUGGAUUGACUUGCCCAUACCAACAUGAUCCUAACAAGGUCGCAAUUUGCUGGCCAUUCCUCCAGGGGAACUGUCCUAACAGCGCCGAAACCUGCCAUCUCUCUCACGAUCCUAUUCCGGAGCGUACUCCUUUGUGUGUCCACUUCGCGAACAACGGCAGGUGUACUCGACAGAGCUGCCCUUUCCCUCACGUUCGCGUAGGGCAGAGGAAAGGUGUUUGUCGUGACUUUGCAGUGCUUGGAUAUUGCGCCAAAGGACUCGAUUGCGAGAUGCAGCAUGUCAGAGAAUGUCCUGACUUCGCUGAGAAAGGUACCUGCUCGACAAAAGGCUGCAAGCUUCCCCACGUUAUUCGGGCCAACCGCAAUCGCAAGGCCCCGGAACCAGCGAUGGCAACCCAGGAGUCUUCCGUUACUUUCAAUCCGGCGCACGUCUCAGCCGAGAACGCGCAAUUAGGUGAUGAAUUCAUCUCUCUUACUUUCAAUGAAAGCGAAGAAGACAGCGACGAUGUCGAAGAGGAGGAUGAGGAUGGAAGCGGUGUCGACGAUGACGUUGACACUGAUGACCACGAUCAUCGGGAUGACCUAGAACUAGAGCACUAGUAGUUCACUUUUUUGUAUCUAGGGCGUUUCUAAUGGAUGUAACAUUUGC